CCUCUGCUCCUGUAUAUCCUUUCCAGCGAUGAGUUCCUCUCCCGUUACCUUCACUCCUUCCAACACCAUCGACAUGGACAAGGAACGCGACUGGCCCGCGAACCUUGGUAUGCUGGACUGGGACAGCACCAGCGUUGUCUUUACCAAACGCUCCCUCCUUGAGUUCCUUAAGUACGCCGGGAUCACCGUCGACCCGAACUUCACCAACAUUCAGAAGCUGCCGCGUUACGCCACUUUCGGCAAGCUCUCGGGCGACGCGAGUGCGGCUCCCGACGCGUCCUCCGCUGGUACGGAGGCCGCCGCUACCGCCGCCGCCCCCGCACAAGAAGUUCCGCCUGUGAGCGACUUCAAGCCCACCCGCCGUGUACGGGACCCGCCUGGUGGCCGUCAGCACAACAUCUUCGACGAUGUCGUGGAGGAGGACGCGCUUUCUGGCGCACCACCCAAGGCUGGUGAUGUUGCAGCGGACGCGCCUAGGAACAGGCGCACGACCAGUGUCGCUGGUCUGUGGGACGCCCCCGACAACACUAGCAACAACAGCGGAUUCAAGCCUACCCGCCGUGUCCGCGAGAUUCCCGGAGGCAAGGAUAGCAUCUCUGGUCUGUUCGGGUGAUCGCUGGAAUUCGAAUACGGUCGUCAGCAAGAAACGAGUAUACCAUGCUUGCAUCAAGGAAAUAUGGGCGGCUUUCUUGGGAUCUGUCAUGUAAAAUAUUUGUCGUGUCUGGUGUUUGCAAUCGGUGCUUGGAUUGUC